AUGUGUUGCCCACCGGAAUCAAACAACGGGGUUUUCUACAAAAUCCGAAGAAUAUUCACUGGUAGAUCCGGAUUAUGUGACUCACCGUGCCGAGGAGAAGCGUAUCCUAACAACCAACUGAGGUGCUUCGAGCAAGACAUUUGCUCUCUCGAAGAUGAAGUUAACCGCUUGGAGGGAGCUAUCAGAUACGUAUCCUGCUGCAAGCGGGCUGCAGACUUUAACUACUUGAGGUGUACAUUGAAGCCUAUUUUAGAAAAGUUAGCUGGCAUAAGAAGAGACUUGGAAUGCGCUAACGGAUGUUACAACCCUUGCCGAGAUCAAUGUGAGCUUGAACUCAUCCGUGUUCUCUUAGAGCGUGUAUGCUGCCUGGACAACCUUGUCAAUAACUUGUGUCAACGAGUGAACUAUCUGGAGGCCCAGAAGUGUGAAGUGAACUCCCAGACACCAUUGUGUAGAAAGACUUGCUGCAAUACUUGGAACGGACCUCGCCAAGUGUGUGGACCUUGUGGUUACAAUCAGUGUAGCCAAAACAUCCCCAGCCCUAUGAAAUGGAGUAGCUGCAAUCCUGGCGACAGCUGUGCUUUGAAUCCAUGUGAACCUCGGGAUUGCGUUUCAUGUCAGAAAAGUCCGUGCAAUAGGAACGACUGCUACCAAUGUGGACCUCGCGCUUUUAAUGCAUGUGCACCACCUAACUGCAGCACUUGCGAACCCCACAGGAUUUCCAAUGCAGGUGGAUGCUAUGGAAUAAAUAGAUUCGGACCAUGUGGGCGUUUCAACUGUUGUCCAAAUGAACCAAAUUUAUCCCCCGACCCUUGCUGCAAAUGCAGCACCUGCUGUCCGACAUCUCCACGGCUUGCUUGUGGAGCUGACUUCGAUUGUCUACCGUGUACUGAUGCAUGUGCGAAUGUUUGUUGUGUUAGUCAAAAGGUUCGUCGGACAGAUUCGGUCAUUCCAGUAGGCGUUAUGUUGGUCAAACUGUAG